AUGAAGUUGGUCUUGUUGUACAAGAAAGAGGCUGUUCUAGAACUCUUGAGGAAUUGCUUGCGCGGACCUGAGAUAUUUUUAGCUACUGAAGAAGAAGUGAACGAUCUUUUGGCUUCCAUCUUAGAGCUUUCAGAAAAUCUGCGGGAGGAGCUGAAUGAAUUAACAGGUGAACAGGACAUGUGUGGUGUGAUGAAUGAUGAAGAAUCAAAACUUCUUUUGCUCCUCUGGAGCGCCAAAGCAGACCUGUUCGUACAGGCAGUACACAUCCAAGCCAAAAAGCACCCUCUUCUUGAAUCAAAAUCAAUCGGUGCACGUUUGGGUACAAAGCUCAAGGAGAAAAUAUACAAAGCCCUACAGGCGCGCCGACCAGCGGUCAAGAAGUACAUCGAUGCCUUCAAUCGAUGCUUUGCCAAUUAUGUCACAAAGUUCCCCAAUCAGAAACUGAGUGAUGCAGCUGACUAUCCCCUGACGUAUGACAAUUUUGUUACCUUCGAGAUCGAUCAUCGGUUUUGGAAUGAUGGUCUAUACUACCAUUCCAAAGCUCCUUGGGCAAUCGAUUGCGAUUGGUCGGAUAAGAUUCACUGGCUGUGGCAGCAAUGUCAACCUCUGGCCAACCGGGACUACAUAUCAGACUGGGAUCAAAUGAUUUACAAGGUAAAGGAUGGUAAUCCAUUAGCGGCUGAACUAUUUGGUGGUGUUGAUGAAGAAAUGGAGGAAACAAUCCUUGGUGUGGAACUGGACGAUGGUGAAGAUGCAGCGGACGGAGCCCUCAUAUCUGCCACCAAAGGGGAAACCGAAUGA